AUGGCAGAAUUUGGCAUCAUUGCCAGUGGCAUGGGCGUAGCCUCGUUGGGGCUUCAGCUCAUGGACGGCGUUAGAAAAUUGAAACGAUUCUGGGACGAGGUGAAAGAAGCUCCCGAAGAUAUCCAAUAUGCCCUUGAAGAGCUCGAUGCACUAAGUCUGGUUCUUUCCGAUAUCCACACAUCUAAUUCAAAUCUGCCAUCGAUUCCUUCGGCUACGGUCACAAAGUGCCUAGAGCUUUGUCGCCGUGGGACGGAUAUUCUCAAUACAAUAGUGAAAGACCUUAAUGUGGCUAUCUCCAAGCGACGCAAGAUUGGCAGCGCGAAAGUGGUGUUGAAGAAAGACACACUCGAUAAAUUUCGGAAUCGGUUGAGGGAUGCGCAAUAUAUGCUUAUGCUUUCUCGGCAGACAUACUCGGACGCACUCCAAAUGGAAUACCACAAGCUUCAAAUAGAGGCAGUUGAAAGUCAUGCGGAUCGUCAGCUGCAAGGAUUCGAGGAGCUAAAAGUUUCCAUUACCCGUUCCGCCAAUGUAAUGUCUAGUACCCUGCUUCAAUCGCGCGAUACUGUGGUUUAUGAUUAUGAGACGAAGAGACCCAUGAGAAGUAGAACACGAGAUAAGCUUGAUAAGCAGGCUAAGUACUUUCAAAAGAAGUUCAGCACUCCUCAGUUGUUUUCAUCCUCGGGCUAUACUUGGGAUUUCUCUGGGUUUCAAGCACCUUCAGGGUGGACAUUCAACUUCCGACAAUACUAUACAGUCGGUCGUGAUUCGUUAACUUGGAAAUAUUUAUUUAAAGGAGAUUUAUCCGGACUCCAGGUAUUAUUGCAGAGCAAAAGAGCCACCCCAUUCGAUAGAAACUCCCGUGGUAUUACAUUACUUGAUAUAGCUAGUAUGCAUGGAUAUUAUGAUAUGUGCCGUCUUCUACUUGAUCAAGGAGCAGACCCGAAUGACUCUUCCAUGACAUCUGCAUUAUCAUAUAGUGUUUGCCGCCAUUCCUACAAAAACUCCUCUCGAAACAGUGUGGUGCAGCUACUGUAUCCAAUAUCUGAGAUUCAUAAUCCACUGCAAAAUAGUUGGGACAUCAUGGUUGAUCCUGAUAUUUUAGCUUGGCUGCUUCAUAAAAUUGAUCCGACAUUCAAAGAGUGGAGUUUCGAGGAGAGGAUGAUGUUCGCACUGAAAGUUUGUUGUAACUUUACUCGGGAUUGUAGUACAGCUGGUAUGAUAUCACUAAUGCUUCACGGAGACCAAUUGAACGAAGUUUGCUGCAAGAUGGUUUUUGGAAACCGCCCUGAAUAUAUUGGCAGAACUUUUUUAUCAAUUGAGCUUGGUUACGUUGCAAGUGUCAUGUCUAGUUGGUUUAGAAGAAAUAGAGACUCGACUAUGUGCUCCGACUCAACUCAGCUGAUAGCUAGGAAAGCAGAAUUUGGACCGAGGGGUCGAUUUUCAAAUGCAGAAUGUUUUACAUCAAUCGAGUUGAUAGAGCGCCUCAUUGCCAAUGGUUCAGAGGUCUUCCGCGGAGGUCUUCUACCUUGCUCGUUGAGUGGAAAUAUUUGGACUUACCCUCACGUUUUACCCUAUUCAGGGAUAUGCCCAGUUCCUGUGCAACUCUGGCUCGAGAUACUGCACGAUUCUGGCACUGAUCUACUGAAAUACGGCAAAGUAGAGCAUGACCAUUUCGUGGAUAAUACCUCUGAAUGGUUGUUGCUCUUCAAAGCAAAGGGAAAGAGGAAGAUGAGGAAUGGGAAAUAUCACAGUAUUUACGAGACGGGACAUCUGAUAAGCUUUGUCUAUGGACCAGCUGUUGAUGAUUGGAAAUUUUGGUACUCAUUGGACGAACCGAGGCGGGACUACUACGCAAACUUCCGGGGUUUCUGGGAACUAGUUGAUCAUCCAGAGAGAGGGAUACCUGGGGCUUGGGAGGAUUAUUAAUCAAGUUUCACGGGAUCUGAUAUUAGAAAAGCACUUCAAUGCGGAUGACAUAGGAAGGGUGAUUGGUGAACGGAACUUAAAUCCAGGUCUUGUGCUAUCGCUGGAAUGUGGCAAUAAUUUUUCUUGUCAGGACUAUUCAAGAUGCAGAUUAAUGAAGAUCUAUCGGCUACUAGGUGUACCACUCGCUGAUUUGAUAUAUUAUCAUCAAUCCAUCGCCAUCUACUGCAUUCUUCUGGCUGAUCAGCCUAAAACCUUUGUGCCAUAAUCAUGAGCUUGAGCUUGAGUCAGAUCCUGAGAUGAGAAGAAGAUUGCGAUAAGCGAAACCAUAUCAAACAAUC